AUGUUUGAGGAUACCAGGCAACGCUUGGGUGGGCCUGAGAACGAAGAGACCGCCCACCAGCCCUCGGCUUGCGGGUUUGACAACUAUGAACCUGUCGCGUGGGUUCCAGACCAGCUUUACAAUCAGGACAACAUGUACCUUCAGAAUGCGAGCAUUUCUUACCAGACCUCGGUUCGCGGGUUCGACAACUAUGAUGCUGAGCCUGUCGCGUUAGUUACAGGUCAGCUUUACAGUCAGGACCACGGAUACCCUCAGAAUGGAAGCAUUUCUAACCAGACCUCGGUUCGCGGGUUUGACAACUGGGGCGCUGGGCCUGUCGCGUGGGAUUCAGGUCAGCUUUAA